AUGAGAUUUUCACGGGCAGCUCCACCAGAACAAUGGACCCUCUGCAGUGAAUCAUUGGUAGUGAGUCUCGGCUCCUCUCCUCUGCAGGACAUCAGGAAUACAGUAGGGAACAUCCCCAUGGAGUGGUACAAGGACUUCCCGCACAUUGGCUAUGACCUGGACGGCAAGAAGAUAUUCAAACCCCUGCAGACCAAGGACCAGCUGGAGAAAUUUCUGGACAAGAUGGAGAAUCCGGACUAUUGGAGAACCGUUCAUGAUAAGAAAACCGGACAGGACAUCAAGCUGAGCGACGAGCAGGUGGACCUGGUGGAACGGCUCCAACGUGGACACUUCGGGGACACCAAAUACGACCCGUAUGAGCCGUAUGUGGAUUUCUUCACCCACGAGACCAUGAUCCAUCCCGUGAGCAACCGGCCGGCCGACAAACGCAGCUUCAUCCCGUCCCUCAUCGAGAAGGAGAAGGUAAGUGCCCGCCGGAUGGCUCGCCUCAUCUGUCUCUGGAUCCGCCCCCGGAAGCCCCGCGAUGACGCUCCCGCCUACUAUGAUCUGUGGGCGCAGGAGGAUCCCAACGCCAUCCUGGGGAGACACAAGAUGCAUGUGCCGGCCCCGAAACUACCCCUCCCAGGGCACGAAGAGUCGUAUAAUCCCCCCCCGGAGUACCUGAUGACGGAGGAAGAGAAACUGGCCUGGGAACAGUUGGACCCUGAGGACAGGAAGUUGCCGUUCAUCCCCAAGCGUCAUGGCAGCCUCCGCGCGGUUCCGGCAUUCGCCCGCUUCAUUCACGAGCGGUUUGAGCGCUGCCUGGACCUCUACUUGUGUCCCCGGCAGAGGAAGAUGAGGGUGAACGUGGAUCCCGAAGAUCUGAUCCCCAAACUGCCCCGCCCCCGAGACCUGCAACCCUUCCCCACCACACAGUCCAUGGUAAGAGCCGCUACACUAACCUCCC